AUGUAUGCAACAUACGCUGGAUGCUGUCACUGCAGUGUGCCCAACGGACCCCAGUUGCAAGUGCAAGAGGAUGCUGAGGCUGAUGGCAGUGUUGGAUCAAGAAGGGAACAAUGGGUUGCAGAGGACUGGUCGGUGUGGUCUAUCAUCGACCCAGCUCCUUCAGCUACGGUCAUGGAAUGGAGACGCAAUGACGGAGAGCAAGACGUGGAGCGUUUCCUUAUUGCUCUUGCAGGUCCUCUGGCCCUGAACACAGUACGUGGCGGGCUGCAUUGUUGUUUCAAUCCCUCUGAUCCAUACAGAGACGCUGUCAUAGCUCUACUGGAAGCAGCAGGAGUUGAGAAUGGCAGGCCAACCCUAGACCUGGUUGAUGUGCGCAUUGACACUCUGAUCUGCAACAACCUUGCUGCCCUAAGGCACAUGGCACCCAACAUGAGGGCACCAUGUCCAGAAACAGUGCAGCGAGUCAUUGACAUGGCCUCGAGAGCUCGAGUGUCAGCUGCUAACGGUCCCCGCUCAUUAGUGCUGCUGAAGGACAAUAUGGCAGAAGAUCUUUACAAUGCCGCAGAUGACUAUGGUCUGCACGGUCUGGGGUGUGGCCAGGGUCCUGCUCUCUACCAGAGGAUGCUCACCUUGGUGGACUACCCCUUCAAUGGAGAAGUGUACGAUGGUGUAGGGCGUCGUCGCAAAGUGCAAGCAUUUGUGCGCCGACAUGUGGUGGAUCUCUUUCCCUGGAGUUGUCACGAGCACCUGCUGUUCUACUUUGUUUUGUGCUUGCGCGUUGUUUUGCGGACUGGUGCCACCGUGAUUAGACUCACGUCUCACCCAGUCAAGUUCUUGCUGCUUGACUGUGCAAAUCAGAUCCUGCACUAUAUUGCCACAGUCACCGGAGCAGACGUCUUGACGAGAGUUCUCUUGGGCAAGCUGCCAAUCACAGCGCUGCUGGUGGUCAUGAACAAAAGUCACAGCAUCAACAAGAAGUAUCGGCGGCAGCUCAAGUGGCUAAAGCCCAGCAAUUGGAUUGACAGCUGCGGCAGCAUCCAUGACUUUACGCUGCAGAUCAGUGGUACCACCAAUGGCCGCGGGGAUAGCCUGGCGACCUUUGUCUUUGUCAUUGCACUGGAUGAGGGGGCACUCAAGUACUGCCUGCUGUACGCCAAGGACUUUGCCCGCCUAAUCUAUUUAUCGAUGGCAAUCUUUCGAGCAGCAGAGCAAGGACUAGAGCUGUUAGAGCUAGACGUGCUCAUUCAUGCCAGCCAAGUUGCCAACCUGCUCGUGUUGACCCAAGCUUGUCUCAAGAAGCUUUUGCGGACACGUCGUUUCUUCAUGCCCCUGGAACAGCUUCCUGAUGACAAUGAUGAUGACGACAAUGACAGUAAUGUCGAUCUCAAUGACUUUUGGAGUGACAACAACGACAAUGACGAUGACAAUCUGGACGGCUUUGGCGGUGCCUACGAUGAUGAUCUGGACGGCUUUGAUGAUUUUGACGAUCUUGAUGAUAACGAUGACGCCAAUGGUGACACCAACGGCCGUGACAACUUUAACAAUUUUCAUGAAGACGAUGAUGAUGACGAUAACAAACACGCUCACAAAGAUGAUGACGACUCACUUCACGACUUUCACGGCGGCGCUGGUGGCCCUAAUGAUGAUGACGACGAUGAUGACGACAACAUUGACAACAAUGACGACUAUCAUGAAAACAGCAUCCAUCAACGCGCAACGUCAGGCUCAGCAGCACGUCGCCUUGCGCUCGCUGAAACCACAAACUCUGCACCCUACAAGUGCGAGGAGCUGAGGACGUCCGGAUUUUGCACGCACACCGGUGCUUGUCCCGCGCCAAAGCCAAGUUUGUUGCAUUGCAACAAAGGACUUGCAGAGGAAAGCAUCAAGAAGCGAAAUGUAGGGAUUGAUGCGACGCGCACGAGACCCACGCUGCCUUGGACUUCUGGCGAGAUCAAGAGGCAGAACAUCCUCACCGUCAGGAAGCCAGGCAGCAAGGAGCAAUCUCUUCAGUGGAAGAUGAACCCAAGCCUCUCUUGCCCUGCAUCUCUUGAUGCAGCAGCUGCUGCCAAGUGGCAUCUGCCACUGCCUGAAGGGGUGUUGAUUGCCCAGAGCGCAGGAGGGUACUCCUCGAGCGUGGCCAAGACCAAGGCCAAAGGGUACAGCCCUGAAUCUGCCGCAGCAUACGCCCAGCAAAGGUCUUACUGCGCAAGAGGAGGCAACUCUGCUCUCCGCAACACUCCCUUUUUCAACACCUUGGCGUCGGCUAAAGGCAGCAAGCAUAAAGCAGGGAGGGCUAGGCCUGCAAGGCUCUUCAUGAUUGCAAGUCACCUUUGUGUAGCGGUGCUCAAUCACCUUGCUGUGGUAGGGGACGCCAUGCUUGAUCACUUCGCUGUGGAGGGGGCGCCAUGCUUGACGGGUGUUGACAUGGUGCACUACCUGGCAAAGCACCAGUGGGACCUGCAAGUACAUUGCCAACUUUGUGUGUAA